CAAGUGAGUCUCUCAAGUGAGCGUAUCAAUGUUUUUGUUACAAAAUUGAGGUUUUUGUUGUUUAUAACUUAUCGUAUGUACAGCAGCAUGGAAGAGACACAUCAAAGUUCUACUGAUCAUCGAGGGCUUAAACUUCAAAAUAUUAUUCAGAAAUUGUCUGAACACUGUGAUAUAAAAAACCCACAAGAAUUGGUGAGUGUAUCUGAUGUUGAAGACUCUGAUCUUAAAACCAAGAGAAGAAAGCAAGAAAGCAUCAUAACUACUUCGAAUGGAACUGGCAAUUAUACAUUAGAAAAGGACAUGGACAGACAAAGCAGUGACUCUAAGGCAAAAAGUAAUAUUACAGAAUCUGUGCAGCAUGAGGUGAACAGUGUUAAGAGUUCUACACCACCACGUGAGAGAAUCAGUGCACGCAUAAGAAGUUUAAAAUCUAAGAAGGUGGCUUAUGAAGAAGAGUGGGUUGACCCUGAUCAUAUCAGACUAUCAGGGCAAAAGAUACCUGUGCAGUCAAAUAAAAAUUCAGCUCAUGAAGAAGUCAUCAAGACUGUUACAAGAAAGAGAAAACGGAAAGGAGCAAAAAACUUUCAAAGUAUGGAGGAUUACGUGAAUGAAUCACCAUUGAUUCAAGUUGGUAAUCUAGUUGGACUGCGUCAGUGUCGUUUGUGUGCAGUGAUGUUUGUGGAAAAAGAUCAGCUGAUCAAUCAUAUGAAGGCUGUACAUCAUUUAGAUGACAAAAUAAACAUCUCUAAAGAAGGUACCGCAGAUGUUUCACAAAGUGACAACAAAGCAAAUGAUGAGAAACCUUUCAAAUGCUCUCAGUGUGAAUCGUCAUUCAGAAAAAGUAGUGGCCUAAAGCAACAUGUAACAAGGCAACAUUCCCUGAGUACACCACAGAAGUUACCUCCAGCUCCAUCUAACCAGGUGUCCACAAAGAAGGGUUGCCCUACAAGUGACAGGCCUUAUGCAUGUCAGGUAUGCGGUAAAGCAUUCAAACGGAAGCACCAUUUACAAGAGCACAGCUAUAUUCACUCCGACGCAAAACCUUACAAAUGUGACACUUGCAGCAAAACAUUUAACCAGAGAAUUUGCCUGACCAAACAUCUUCCAUGCAGAGAACUCGAAAAACAGCAAAAGAAACCAGGCUGCAGUAAAACUGGAGACGGCAACACAGCAAAUGUGUUAACACAACAUCAACCUAACGACAGAGAAACAGAAUUAUCUUCAAAAAGAGUUGCCAAAAGUGCAAGCAAACUCACUAGUGAUUCUGUUUUACUGUCAAGCAACAGUACACACGUCGAGUCUCCAGAAGAGUCACAUCGUGUAAAUGACAAAGAGCAUGAAAAUGGCACACUCUCGGUUCAUAUAAGUGGUGGACCCUUGCGUGACAAUCCAGUGUCACAAGACACUGGGAGACCUUUGAUUGGUCACGCUAAUAACGGUGUACAUUCUCAAGAGAUUGUGAAAGAUGAAAAAAAAGUCAUUGGCUUAUCUCCAAGCACGGCUGCUAAAAGUGCAGUAGCAGCAAACGAUCGUACUUGCUCAGUCAAGGAGCCGACGCAGUCGCCACAGGAAGCAACUUAAAAGUACUCUACGUCUGCUUCUCUGAUUUUGGCUUCCUCUAGCCCUGUUUGUGAUAGCUGAAUCUCAAUAUGCUGUAAAAUCAAGUCUGCGAUAAUGGAUGGUUUAUACGAACAGUUCUAUCACAUUUCUGUUUUUUUUUUCAAUCAAAUUAUCAAUUGUUUUUGUUUCAUAAUCAAAUUUGUUGUAAUGUGUCGCAAAACAACAUGAUUAUUUUUUAUCUUUUUCAGUUUUCAUGGCUUGUAUACGAUAUCUACAUUUAUAUGGAAUCUUUCUUGCUCAAACGUGACUUGCAACUUCGUACCUCACUGCAUUCACAUCUUUCUCACAAAUCUUAAUUGGAACUAGUUUCAAGCGAUGAAAUGAUGGAACCUGAGUUAUUUUCCAGAGAAUGUUGGUCUACACGUGCCGUUUCCAAUAAGUUGCAUUUCAGUAACUCAUCACGCACGUUCGGUUUAUUUCCAUCUAAAUGCGUAUGAUUUUUGGGGGUUAAAGUUAUUCAUCGAAUUUUAUACAGAACUUAAUCAUCCAUCCAUGCCAUAAAGGUUUAAAAUCACUUCUGUAAUCGUAAUUUAUGAAGAAAAGGAAGUGAGAAGGUUUCAUUGCCUAUCACUCAACUACAUACAGAUGUGACGUUUUUCAGAAUUAUCAUCACUGGCUUAGCCGGCGUGUAAGGGCAUGUACUUAAAUCAGGGGAACAAUUAAUAUACUCGAUAAGAUAUCACAUUAUGUCCAGAAAGUGAUAUUGAACCAGGCAAUCACUGGAGAAAUAAUCACUAGACGAGAGGUUGUCCUCACUCUGUUUUGGCCAGCCAUAAUGAUCGAUUA